AUGUGGAGCUUGUUGCGGCUUUAUGCUAGUAAGCGUGUGACCAAUAUAGCGCGUUUAUGUUAUCCCUGUGCUAAUCUCCACGCGCGCGCAUUUCGCUGGUCCGUAGGAUAUCCAGCCUCUCCGCGCAUGGCGACGUAUGCGGGACUGCCGGAUGCCCGCUCCAUCGCCAUCCCCGGUUUAGGAUCAGACGGCGGCUUGCGCCAGCGCGCCCUACCCUCGCCUUGCCGCGCGCGGCCGCGCACCUCUGUGUCACCCCGCCCAGUGGCCGCCAAACCCCGCCGGUCGCUAAAGCCCGCGGCGCAGUCAUCGUGCGCAAACGGAGGAUAUGGGCGCUUGGCGGCCACCGGUGCCGGAAAUCUUUGUAAUUUUCCGGCCUCCAUUAUUCGCCCCACCCUCUCGCCCUCCCAACCUUUUCCCCCCUCCUCUCUCCCCCUCCCCCUCUCGAGCUCUCCCAUGCCUCACGCGUAUACGUUGCGAUCCGGCCUCAUCUUCGUACUCGCGCACCCGCGUUUCUCCCCUCGCCUCCGUGCUUCCCCUCCCCAUCAAUCAACAGGCGCGCCUUGUGGUCAGAGGCGCUCGGAACGAAGGCUGGUGCGACCGAGAGCUGCAGGGGGGAGGGCAGGGGGACCAAGGGCAAGGGGGCGCGCAGGUGCAGGGGAAACGGCGUGGCGGGGGGAGGGCGCGCAUAGGAAGGCAUCAGGAUCAGCGGAUUCGGGUUCUGGGUCGGACAAAGAAACGGGACGAGGGGAACGGUCUAGGGAUGGGGAUGAGAGUGAGGAGAACGCACACGUGGACAAUGCGCUGCACGACCUGCCUGCCAGCUGGCACUGGCUGGCGGGGUGGUGGGCGCGAGUGGGCGUACAGCUGUCGCGGAUGCGCAGCCAAUGGGGCAGGCUGGUGUUUGGGCCUGCUGCAGAGGAGCGCAUCUGGAGCGUGCCGUGGCAGGGAGACACCAUCUUCCAGGUCAUGUUCCUGUGGUUCCUGGCGUUCUGGCUCAUCGGCUCCUGGCUAGUGCCGCUGCUAGCGCAGGCACUAGGGCUGCGCCGAGCAGCCAUGUCACUGCGAGCGCAUGCCCUCUAUAGCCUGCUCACAGACCUGGCAGAGAUGACUGUUGGCAUCGCCAUCCUCAACCGCUGCCUCACGCGCUUCCAGCCCCUCCCACCGCACUGGUUCCCUGUGCACCUGUCGGGGCGCUGGUACCUGCAGGCGCUGCUCGCGUGCUCCUUCUUCCCGUUCGUGCAGCUGCUCUCCAAGCUCAACCUGCAGCUGCUGCCGCUGCCUCUCAAGUUCCAGGCCACCACGCACUUGGAGCAGUCCAUCCAUUCGCAUGACCCCAUUGCCACGCUGCUCUAUGCCAUCGCUGUCGCUGUAUGCGCGCCUGUGUGGGAAGAGGUGGUGUUUCGGGGGUUUCUCCUACCGUCCCUCACACGGUACUUUCCGCUCUGGGCCUCAGUGGUGGUCACCCUUCGCUUCCUCUUCUGCGCGGCCCUCGUCUGCGCGCCUCUCCUCGCGCCCGCCAGCGCCGCGCCGGGCGGGGUGCGGUGGCGCGACGUGGACGUGGGGGAGCUGGGCAUCAUGCCGUCCCCGCUCUUCUCCUUCGACCGCGCGCCCCCCCUCAUCGAAGGGGCACCGCUCCCCCGCCUUGGGGAGAUCGGGGAAGGCGCGGCAGGGGAGGAUGCUGGGGGGGAAGCGGCGGUGACUGCGUGGCUUGCGGAACAAGGGGCGCAGGGCAUUGGGGGACCCGACGCCGCUGUUGGUGUCGAACCUCCCAAGCCUGUCGCGUGUCCUCACCCCUCCCAAGAAUCACCUGUCUCCACCACAGGCGCCACGCUCGUGGCCCAGCAGCCCAUAGCAGCGGCAGCAGCGGCGCUGGUGGUGCCAGCAGCGCUGCAGCAGACAGCGGACGGGCUAGCGGAGGGGGAAGCAAAGCAGCUGCCGUACAACGUGACGCGCAAGGAGAAGCCCUGGACCGCCGCCUCGGUGCUGGCGGCGUGGCUGCUGCGCGAGCGCGCCAAGGGCGGCAAGUCCAAGUGGGCGCCGUUCAUCCGCACCUUGCCGCGCUACGCACCGCUGCCAGCGCUGUUUGACCGCGACGUCGUCGAGCUCUUCGACUACCCGCCCAUGAUGCGCCGGCUGGCGCUGUACCGAGCAGCGUUCGAGGAGGAGUACCUGCGCAGCAAGGCCAAGGCCAUGGCGCGCGCGUCCAAGUCGCACUUCUUCUGGGCGCUCUCCCUCGUGCUCGCGCGCGCGCUGCCCCUGCUGCCCUACACCACCAUGCCGCACGGGCUGCUGCCCUCACAGCUGCCUGCCACCGCUGCCUCGGCGUCGCCUGUGGGCAAGGUGGUGACAGCGGUGCGAGCCAAGGAGAGGGGCGACCACAAGGAACACACUCCCACUGCGCCUGCCGCUGAUGGUGCUGCUGGUGCAGCUGGGGCCACAUCUGAAGCCGGUGCUGGCAGCGCCGGUUCCAGAGAGGAGUUCUGUCCCGCGUCUGCAGGUGCAGGGGAGGGCGCGGCAUCCGCCCAGGGGUGCAGUGCGGUGCAGCAGCAGUGGGUGGGCACGAGUGCGGAGGAGCUGGCGCGCAGCAUGCAGUGGGUGGAGCAGUGGAUGGGUGCCGGCGCAGGGCACGGCCGGCGCAGCCGCUUCAGUGCCCCGCUGCUGCUGCUGGCGCUGCCAGCAGGGUUCAUCCACUCGCAUGAGCCCAAUGUCCAGUUGGAGUGGCAGCACAACACACCACGGGGCGCUCACGGCCCCUCUGACUCCGUGCCACCCGUCACCAUCCGGGCGCUCUCCGCCAUCCGCGCCACCACGCCCCUCGCGCUCAACCUGGGGCCGCUGUCCAACGACGACCUGUGGGCGCUGCACGGCCACCUGCCCGCCUCCAACCCGCACGACCGCGUGCCGCUCUUCCACACGCCCGACUCGCUGCUCGCCUUCCUGCUCUCGCUGCACCCGCUCGCCACGGCAGGGAGCACCACCACCCAUAGCAGCAGCGGUGCGGCGUCACAGUGGUACGACCCUGGGGUGAGCAAGGAGCAGGAGGCGGCGCUGGCAGCGGCGGUGGAGGCAGCAGAGGACGCCGUGCACGCAGAGGUGAUGGCACGCACUGCCAGCAGCACUGGCACGGCAGGCGCGCAGCAGCAGUACCCAGUGGCGCUGUCGCUGUGGGACGAGGUGGAUGGUGGGGCGUACAACGCCGGUGCCGAUGGCCACGUGGAGCCCCGCCUUGUCGCCGCUCUUGCUGCCGUGUGGUUCAAGUGGACGCACUCCCAAG